CGAGAAACACACAACUUGUGCAGCCGCUGAUUAGAGUCACAGAUGUCGCCAAAACCCUUGCCUUCUCUCAACACGGUCGGCCUACACCGAGAUCUCUUUUCCUUCGCCUCCUCCAUCUUUAUUUUCUCCAAACUCAUCCCUUCAUUGUUAAAUUAAGCACCGUGUCACUCGGCAGUCAGCACCGGUACCCGGCUCCUGCCUCUUUCCAUUCCACGAGCGCGCGCGCUAGCUAGCUGAGACAGAAGAAUAAAUAUGUGGCGGCUUAAGAUUGCAGAUGGAGGGAAUGAUCCCUACAUCUACUCCACAAAUGACUUCGUCGGAAGACAGAUUUGGGAAUUCGAUCCACAAGCAGGUACGCCCGAAGAGAGAGAGGAAGUGGAACAGGCUCGCCUUAAUUUCUAUAACUCCCGCUACAAAGUGAAGCCUAGUGCCGACCUCCUCUGGCGAAUGCAGUUCCUGAAGGAGAAAAAUUUCGAACAAGAAAUUGGUGCAGUAAAGAUAGAGGAGGGGGAGGAAAUAACACAAGAGAAGGCGAGGCGUGCGUUGAGAAGAGCGGUUCACUUCUACUCAGCGUUGCAGGCAACUGACGGACACUGGCCAGCUGAAAAUGCGGGUCCUUUGUUCUUCCUUCCACCACUGGUAAUGUGUGUAUACAUAACAGGGCAUCUGGACCAAGUAUUCCCUAAAGAGCAUAGGAAAGAAAUACUGAGAUACAUAUAUUACCAUCAAAAUGAAGAUGGUGGGUGGGGGUUGCAUAUAGAGGGCCACAGCACCAUGUUCUGCACCACUCUCAGCUAUAUUUGUAUGCGCAUUCUUGGAGAAGGCCCAGAUGGUGGUCUUAACAAUGCUUGUGCCAGAGGCCGCAAGUGGAUUCUUGAUCAUGGUAGUGUUACCUACAUACCCUCUUGGGGAAAGACUUGGCUCUCGAUAUUUGGUGUAUAUGAUUGGGCCGGAAGCAACCCAAUGCCGCCAGAGUUUUGGAUACUCCCUUCGUUUCUGCCAAUGCACCCAGCGAAAAUGUGGUGCUAUUGUCGAAUGGUUUACAUGCCCAUGUCCUACUUGUAUGGUAAAAGGUUUGUUUGCCAAAUCACACCUCUUAUACAUGAAUUGAGACAGGAACUUCACGCCCAACCUUUUGACAAGAUCAACUGGAAGAAAACCCGUCAUCAGUGUGCAAAGGAGGAUCUGUACUACCCGCAUCCCUUAAUUCAAGAUCUACUUUGGGACGGCCUUUACAUCUGCACCGAACCUCUACUUACUCGUUGGCCAUUGAAGAAGUUGGUGAGAGAGAAGGCUCUUCAAGCCACAAUGAAGCACAUCCAUUACGAAGAUGAGAACAGUCGAUACAUUACCAUUGGUUGCGUCGAGAAGGUGCUCUGUAUGCUAGCUUGUUGGGUGGAAGAUCCAAAUGGGGAUUACUUCAAAAAACAUUUGGCGAGGAUCCCGGAUUACAUAUGGGUUGCUGAAGAUGGUAUGAAGAUGCAGAGUUUUGGUAGUCAAGAGUGGGAUACUGGUUUUGCAAUCCAAGCUUUGCUUGCGGCUGAUAUGACUGAUGAAAUUGGACCUACAUUGGCUAGAGGACAUGACUUCAUUAAAAAGUCUCAAGUGAAGGACAAUCCUUCGGGUGACUUCAAGAGCAUGCAUCGACAUAUUUCGAAAGGGUCUUGGACUUUCUCUGACCAAGAUCAUGGAUGGCAAGUUUCUGAUUGUACUGCAGAAGGUUUAAAGUGUUGCCUUCUUUUCUCAAUGAUGCCGCCACAGAUUGUUGGGGAUAAAAUGGAAGCUCAAAGCUUAUACGAUUCCGUGAAUGUCCUACUUUCUCUGCAGAGUAAGAACGGAGGUUUGGCAGCCUGGGAACCAGUAACCGCUCAGGAGUGGCUAGAAAUGUUGAAUCCGACGGAGUUUUUUGCAGACAUAGUGAUUGAGCACGAGUAUGUAGAAUGCACUGCAUCGGCAAUCCAGGCUCUGGUAUUGUUCAAGAAACUACACCCAACACACAGGACAAAGGAAAUUGACAAUUUCAUAGAAAAUGCGGUACGCUACCUUCAAGAUAUACAAAUGCAAGACGGUUCCUGGUAUGGCAAUUGGGGUGUUUGCUUUACGUACGGUAGUUGGUUCGCGCUUGGCGGUCUGGUGGCUGCUGGCAAAACAUUUAACAACUGUGCAGCCAUUCGCAAAGGCGUCCAUUUCCUUUUAAAAAUUCAAAUGCCAGAUGGUGGUUGGGGAGAGAGCUACCUGUGUUGCCCGAAUAAGAAUUAUGUACCCCUUGAAGGUAACCGCUCCAAUUUGGUUCACACAGCAUGGGCUAUGAUGGGUCUCAUUCAUUCAGGCCAGGCAGAAAGAGACCCCACACCUCUUCACCGUGCGGCUAAACUCUUAAUAAACUCACAGACUGAAGACGGAGAUUUUCCUCAGCAGGAAAUAACAGGUGUUUUCAUGAAGAACUGUAUGUUACAUUAUGCAGCUUACAGAAACAUAUAUCCACUCUGGGCUCUAGCUGAAUAUCGGAAACGAGUCAAAUUGCCUAAUGCUUCCCCUUAAUUUUAUAUACCAUUAGCAUUACUUAUAUAAUCUAUGAUGCACAUUAUAUAGCUCAAGAAAGCAUGAUUCAGUGAAGCAAAAUGGAGUUCUCGUUCUUCUUACAGUG